AUCAUAUGUUGCAUCAAUCAUGCAAAGAAGAAUUCAGUGACUGGCCUAAUGAACUACUUGCUAUUGGUACAUUUGGAAGUUGGAAAAAUGAUGGUAAUUUGAAACAACAAGCUGAUCAAAGCCUUACAGUUGAAGAAGUUGGACAGCUUCACAAAGAACUAAAACAUCUAUUUCCUGAUCAUGAAGAAAGUAAGAUAGGAUCAAAAAAGGAUCUUGACAAAUUCUUUGACUGUCUUCAGAACUUGGUAGAUGAUGAUCACAGAGUUAUUGAAAAUAAUAAAGAGAACAUUUUUGAACGGAGUAAUAGUACUCUUGUUCAUGUUAGUAGCCAAGAACAAUCUUCCCAAUUGGAGAACAUUAGCAAGAAAUCUUUGUCAUAUCUCCUAAAGAAGACAUUGUUCUGCAGCGCGGGAUUCACAGCCGCCCCUUUGAGAGAUCCAGUACUUCCACAGUCCAAAAUUCAGAAAUCAAGGAUGGAAAAGAUUCUGAGGGCUAUAUUACACAAAAAGAUAUAUCCUCAAGCAAGCAGUCCAAGGGGUACUACCACAAGAAAGAGAUACAUAGACAAUAUAUGUAUGAUUGAGAGUGAUAGUGAUCAAGACGACGAAGCAUUUGACAGUAGUACUGUGAAGAAUGGGAGCAAAUGGGAUAAGUCAGAUUCUGAUUUCAUUGUACUAGAGAUAUGAUUGGCUUCUU